AUGGCAUCACUUGGCAUGGACAGGGACGUUGGGAGACUCACGUGCUCAGAAGGUGUCUCUGUACAAUAUGGACCGAAAGAUAAAUCAAAACCAUCAAUGAAGGCAAGUAUGACUCAGUUAAACAAGCAUUUCAUAAUCUUACCUUGAUUCAUCAGCGCUGAUUUAUAAAAUAUAAUGUGUAUUUUCUCUAAGGCUAGUGUUUACAUUUCUCUUGAAGCUACAAGUAAAAUGAAUUAUGUGUGUUUGUUCAGCUUUUCGAUCGGCCGAUGAAUUACUUACUUAUUUGCAAGUUUAAUUAGCGAAACGGCAAACUUAUUUUCAGUCAGCAACGAAUCGCAAAAUUAUCUUACAUAUUGCGUGGUUAAGAGUUUGAGUUUUAUCGUCUGAAUAUUGAUCAUUUUAAGGUAAUUGCUGUUGUAUCUGUUUAUCAGUUGUGGUCGCUGAGGUCUCAUUGUUAGUACUCAGUUGUUACGGGCCGGAAAAUAUUUACCCUCUAAUGAUUUGCCCGGGCAAAGCAUAGAGCAAAGACGAAACUCUUUUCGUCCCUCUCCGAGGCUUGUUUUUUUGUAGAGUGCAGUCUUUCAUGGCUGUAGUUUUCAGCCGAUACAGAGCAUUUAGCCGCUGAAUUAGAUUUCAGCUAAUGAUGCAAUGUUCUGCUGCGAUAGUGUCGAUUGUUUUGCUUAGAAAUGACAUUAUCAUGUUACCUUCGACUCGAUCUGUCGUUUUGUUUUUUUUAAAUCUGCCAUUUCAAAGACGUUUUAAGUGUGAUUACUUUCCAAUUGUCAUCUCUACGAGGCACAGUUCACGGAUUUCGUGCGAAACUUUGGCAAAGCUUGUGCCUAGUUUUUCGAUGCGAUGAAUCUGCUUUACAGGAAUUUUCGCAUAUGAAACGGAAGAAAUGACGGAAGAACCUGAAGAUUUGUCAGAAUUAAAAUUCCUCCCCAAAACCAGGAAAAAAUAAAUCGAAUGGCCUCUGAUCAAUUUGUUGUCUUACAUGUUUAGGAAGUUAUAAUUGUGAAUCACUUAAAACGAUUACAAUAUUACACAAAGGAAGAAGACGCGAAGACGAACAACUUGUUAAACAUUCCGAAUUUUUUUCCAAAGGAAAAAUUAUGUCAACAAAAUUAUUCAUUAACUUUCACGUGAGUUUUCAUGCGAUUGAUGGAAAAAAACACAUAACAACCUUAACAAUCUACUCUCCCGAUCGAUGGCAAUUUAAUUGGAAAACUCGUAUUAGAUACGUAUCAAGGCACAAUUAUCUUAUGGAGAGCUUUCAGUAUUGGAGAGACUUUUUGACUGAAAGGUUUCAAAAGGUUAGUAGGAGCGUUUUCCCAAUUUUCAUAGAUUUGGUAAUUUUUUUAAGUUAACUAGGUUAUUUUGACCUAAAAAUUGCUUUCUUCAUCUGAUUUUUAUCAUUAAAACUGAUCCAAUCAAUCUAUCAUCAUUUUUAAUAUCGUAUACACUGUGCUGUGUUGUGAUCAAUCGUUUUCGUGAGUUCAUUUUCACAUGAAGUGCAAUCGUCUGUCUCACGAUGUAAUCACUUUGGAUGUAAAUCAUAACAUUGCGUGAUGCAUGUUAGGGUCACGAAAAUUAUGCUAUGAAAUUUAAGCAUUGUGCAGAUGAUCGUCACCCUGAAAACAAGGUAUUAUGCCGAAAUUAUACUCAAAACUUCUCUUGACGCUCAAUUUGAUAAUUCAGACUAAUAGCUUUUAAAAGCCCUUCAACCUUCCUCCUUCGUUUCUAUCAUCAAGAGAAUUUUUAAGAAGUUUUAGUCAUUAUGCCUGCAUUAUGCUCGAUGCUCUGGCUACAGCAUUAUGCACAAAGUUAUGCCGGCAUAAUUCAUCUCAUCCUCGUGCGAGUCUUUUUCAUGCGAUGUAAAGGUACGCGUUGUUUUAAUCAACCUUUCUGCUCUGAUGUUAAUGGUAGGAAUUCCACAGCUGUAAUUGGUGCAUUUCCACGAGAUGUUCCCUCCGCGGUACUCUUUCGAGCGGCCCUCCAGCUAGUGAGUCUUGGUGAUCUUCGGCAUCCAUGCUUGUGUGAUUUCUUGUCUACAGUCCCUGUUGAUGUUGUUAUGGCGAAGUCGAAUAUCUCUGUCAUGCUCCUUAACCUGCACAGGUCUACCAGUCUCGCCGGUGUAAACUUUAAUACUUUACAUGGGAAUCCUGUAAACCACGCCAUCUUGUUUUUCCUUGUCAAAUGACCUGCAGUUUAUAAAUUUGUUUUGUUUUCGGGCGUUUAAGUUUCAUCUCAGAAGAUGAUCUGAUGCAUCUCACAUUUUAGACACGCAUCUUCUGCAUCUUAUUUCCAGUGGUAAAUAGUUUCUUAAAACAAUUCAUAAUGAUUUAACUUUAACUCUCUUUUUUUCCAACUUGUAACAGCCUCCACAUAGAAAAGACUCCUGGAUUUACAGAACAUUUAAGAAAAGAUCUUGCGUUCAAUUUAUUCCCUCGGGGAAGGAGACAAGACGGUAAGUAACACAUCAGCAUGAUAGCGGAGCUCGCAGAGCGUAGCCCCAUAAUUAUAAAAAAUGGUAAUAACCCACCAAGCCGAAAAAAAUUGGAUGUACGACCGUACGACCGUACGACCGUACAAGGUGCUACUUUUAACAUGCGUGGUCAACUGUACCGCGGGCACGCCAACGCCAAGGCUUUGUUCAGUAGUCCAGUGGUCGGUGCACUGGGCUCCGAGUCGGACGACCUGGGUUCUAGUCCUGGCCGGGGCAAGGCGUUGUGCACUUGAGACGUGCGGAGAAAAAAAAAUGCGAGCUCCGCUUUUAGGCUUGGCUAAAUCUAUAUAUUACGUCAGUGCAGUAUAUACCGUAAGAAAGCCUUUGAAUGGUUGCAACAUAGUUUCAUAACAGUUUCUAAACCGAUCCUUCAAAGGAGUUGUGCGCCAUCAGCCGCGAGUAUCGUUACAUAAAUUUUCGUCUCUAUAGUUGCUGCUGCGGUCGUCUGGACAAAGAUCAUCAAGGUGAGGCUACCUGCGGGAUUCCAGGCGGUGAUGUGAAGUGGAGCGUGACAAGCCAUACAGAAGAACAACCAACGAACGCUUAUGGUGAAGUGGAAUUCACAGGAGCUGGGUUAGCAAGCAGAGCUAAGGUCAGUGUUUAAUCAAGCAAUAGAACACAGGUUUUAUGAUGUGAUAAGGCCACGCGGGAUAUUUGGAGAACACGAGAAAAAAUUGGCAAUCACGAACCGUUGUGUACUUAAUAGCCAGAUACAGCACAGGUUUGGAAAACAGAUUGACCAAUCAGAUGAAGCGAGCUCUGUACAACUAUGUUAUCAAAGAAGGUAUUCCGUAAACCCUUAAGCUCACAAAGUGCGCUUUUCAACAGGAUAAAAUGCAACCAUCCGUAAAAUAUAUUAUCUUCAAAUUUUCUCAAUUUCUUUUGAUAGUUUAUUCGUAUCGCUCAUGACACUGAUCCAGAGAAGGUUCUUUGCCUCUUGAGAGAAGAAUGGAGACUAGAUUUGCCCAAACUGCUCAUCUCUGUCACCGGCGGAGCUAAGAACUUUGUUCUACAUCCCAAGUUAAAGCACGUGUUACGGCAAGGAUUGCUGAAGGUAUUUUUUUUUUUGAAGUAAAGUGUUAUUCGUUGUUUUCAAAUGUGACGAGCAUUCUGCCAACCCCUUGGAUAAGCAAUGUUAAAAGCAACCUUUGUGUGUCACAUAUGAACCAAGCAUGGGGGCUCGGAACUUCUGCUUUUUCCUACGUUCGUGAGCUUUCAACUCGCGAGGAGAGGGGAAAGGUGGGGCUAGGGGCUCAGAACUUUUGCUCUUUCCUACCUUCGUGAGCUACCAAACAGCUUGCUCUUUCCCACCUUCGUGAGCUACCAACCAGCGAGGAGAGGGGGAGGGUGGGGCUAGGGACUCAGAACUUUUGCUUUUUCCUACUUUCGUGAGCUACCAACCAGCGAGGAGAGGGGAAGGGUGGGGCUAAGGACUCAGAACUUUUGCUUUUUCCUACCUUCGUGAGCUACCAAUCAGCGAGGAGAAGGGAGGGGUGGGGCUAGGGACUCAGAACUUUUGCUUUUUUCUACCUUCGUGAGCUUCCAAUUCGCGAGGAGAGGGGGAUGGUGGGGCUAGGGCCUCAGAACUUUGCUUUCUCCUACGUUCGUGAGAGAUGAUUAAAGCCUUCAUUCUUCAUAAAAUUAUUUUGACGAGGAGCUCGAACCUCAUCAUCUUAAUUUAAUUUAUUUUACUUGUAAUAAUAAAGCGAGAAAAGUAGGAUGACCGGGCCCUUGAGCAUUAGAAAGCUCGGGAGAGGAGCAACGCCAUGUUGUUGUUGUUGUUGUUGUUUUUUUUGGGGGGAGGGGGGGGAAAAGGUGGGAGAGAGCUCGAUUUGAACGUUUUCUUUCUAUUGUAAUAUCUUAUUUUGAUCAAAAUGGCCUUUUUGGGGGAGGGGGAGAGAGCUCGAUUUGAACGUUUUCUUUCUAUUGUAAUAUCUUAUUUUGAUCAAAAUGGCCUUUUGGGGGAAGGUGGGAGAGCUCGAUUUGAAGGUUUUCUUUCUAUUGUAAUAUCUUAUUUUGAUCAAAAUGGCCUUUUGGGGGGGGGUGGGAGAGAGCUCGAUUUGAAGGUUUUCUUUCUAUUGUAAUAUCUUAUUUUGAUCAAAAUGGCCUUUUGGGGGGGGAAGGUGGGAGAGAGCUCGAUUUGAAGGUUUUCUUUCUAUUGUAAUAUCUUAUUUUGAUCAAAAUGGCCUUUUGGGGGGGGAGAUGGGAGAGAGCUCAAUUUGAAAAAUGGUUUUCUUUCUUUUCUUUCUAUUGUAAUAUCUUAUUUUGAUCAAAAUGGCCUUUUGGGGGAGGGGAGGUGGGAGAGAGCUCAAUUUGAACGUUUUCUUUUUAUUGUAAUAUCUUAUUUUGAUCAAAAUGGCCUUUUGGAGGAGGGGAGGUGGGAGAGAGCUCGAUUUGAACGUUUUCUUUCUAUUUUAAUAUUGUAUCAAUUUAAGUCAAAAAUUUAUCUCUAAUACCAACAUCAAGGAGGAAAUAUGUAGUAAGAAUAUUUGAUUUGAUGUUACAAGAGGUUUCACAGAAAAAAAAAAUGUUUAUAAAGGGGGGGAAGGUGGGAGAGAGCUCGAUUUGAAGGUUUUCUUUCUAGUAUAAUAUCUUAUUUUGAUCAAAAUCGCCUUUGUAUACUGACGGUUUAGUCCUCUCAUAGUCGACAAACUGAAUUUUAAUACCUGUUUCAAAUCAUUUUGCUACUUUUCUUUACAUACUCUACUACUGAGUUUUCUGUCUUAUUUGUUUUUUUCAGUAACUUUAGUGGUUGCUUAUAUUACGGACAAAUCAUUUGACAGUUGCUAACAAUGUUCCACAGGCAGCCCAGACCACAGGUGCAUGGAUCAUCACAGGUGGAACAAACACUGGCGUGAUGCGUCACGUUGGGGAAGCAGUAAAAGGUCACACAGUCAUGUCACGUGGGGCACCGCUGUCGAAAGACAAAGCAUCUCAGCUUCAUCUUAUAGGAAUUGCUACCUGGGGGAUUGUGGAUCACAGAGAGGAUUUGAUCAACAGCCAGGUAGGACUCUUCUUCUUGGCCUAAACCAAAUAGUUCUCACUUUUUACUGAAACUCCUAUCAGAGAAAGGAAGAGCAGCUUUGGAGUUUUUUCCAGUUUCUGUACAAUACAUCGUUUGUUUCUGCACUCCCUCCCCCCCCCAUCUCCCCCUCCUGAGUUUUGCUGAUCUUUGUGACCAGGAGCCCAUCUUCUGCUUGUAGUCAUCGCUACUCAACGGUUGGCAGUAGCAUAAUGAAAUUAAGUGUCUAAAGAUUCUCGUCAAGGAACAAUAUUAAAUGACCCGACCAGGUUUGGAGCCCAUCCUGGGAUAUCGCAGGUUAACCACUGCUCAGUUUUCUCUCCUCAAAAGGUAAAAACUUAAAAUCCACGAGAAGCUAAUGCAUGCGCACUGACCACAAUAGAGCGGUUUUCUUUUUGCUCACAGGGAGUUGUCACGUAUCACAUGACUCCUAGCCUACUGUCAGAGGGAGCGUGUCUGGAUAACAACCAUUCGCACUUCAUCCUGGUGGACGAUGGGACGGUGGGAAAGUAUGGAGGAGAAAUCCCUUUCCGGGCAAGUCUUCAGAAUUGUAUAACAACAAAAAAAAUUGCAAAAAGUGAGUGUGUUCUUGAAAUGUUACCUAGCUGCCAUUGUCCUGUAUUAGUUUCUCACGUGACAUAGUAUAUACAGGCGAGAGUCACUGAUGUGUUAUAAUCGUAUGCCCAAAUACUCCAAGGGAUAAAAAGAACUAGUCGCAGUUUACGUAUCGGUAGUUCUCAAUCCAUGUUUAAAAUCUUCUCCAGCCUUAACACCAUCGUUUAUCCCUAGUUUAAUUUUGUUUGUUUCGUUUUUUCUAUCGUACCAAAUUGAGAUUGUUUAGUUUCCAUCAAAUUCUUUGUAGUUUUGUAAGGCUCAAAAAUUAACUCUAAAUAUCACGAAGGACGGAUUAAAUUCAGGUGCAAAUGAUCUGUGGUAGAACUUCCAACCUUUGCACCGUAGGCCACUGGUUAAACUCUGCGAGGAACUCUAACUCAUGUUUUUUCCUUCUCUCGCGCUCUUUUGCUUUAUCGAGGGAGCUAGAAAUGUGUCAUAUUCUGGCAUUAGUUUUGUCUGGGACAUGGCUAAUACCACUGCUUUUUUUAAUGUUUUCAGGUAAAUCUCAUGGAAUCCCGGUGGUUCUUCUCGUUCUCGAGGGAGGACCAAACACAAUCCAAACAGUGUUGGAAUCUGUCACGAGCAACCCAGCCGUGCCCGUCGUCAUUGCCGAGGGCAGCGGACGAGCUGCUGACAUCUUAGUGCAUGCUCAUGGGAUUGUCACUUCGAAUGACGGGUGCGUAUUAGAGUUCGAUUGGUUUACUUUCGUAUAGGAAAUGUAUAAAGUUAAAGUGGUUUGAGAGAAGUUGCGGAUGAGGAGUGUAGGUACAGGGGGUUUGGACCCUAUCAAUCAGACCAAAAUUUUGGACACCCCAUCAAAAUUUCCUAGAUCCAUCCUUGAAGUGGUGAUACCAGCCAGAAAUUUAGCAACAUUUUUUAGUAUUUUUUCAGACUACUGAAACAUUUUGUUGAUUUGUUAUAUGAAACUACAGAAAACUCCAUAAUUAUCUCGCUGAAUCACGAUCUCAACACAUGUAAUAGUUCUAAAUGGAGUGUUGUUUGUCAGAGAGCACGACGACAUAUUUGAAGAAUUUUAUAACGAGUCCUGCUUGUGGCUGAGGAGGGGCUGGUAGCUCGAUCUGAUAUUACCUUUCGAACAAAGCUAAAAUUAACAAACCCAAAAUAUGAGAAAACACCCUUUAUAUCUUAAGGUGGACUCAAAUGGUGAAAUACCACCAUUUCUGAGGAAAAAAACAUUAUCAUCCCUUAUUCUCGACAGAACUGAUAUGGAGGACAUGUCUGAAGUGGUUGAACAUCAACAACUUCGUAUGAAGAUCCAGAAAGCCUUCCCAGAGUGCAACGAGGAGAAGUGCACUGCUCUUUAUCAUGACGUGCUCAAAUGCGUGGGAAAUAAGAGAUACGUAAGUCAUAAAGAGUGACAGAGACAAAGCCUUUCGAUCUGGGCUUGGUCAUUCAUUCAGUUUAGCUGCCCUGAGGUUAAAGCUAGUUUUCAAUCGUAGUUUUGUAGCUUUGCAAACAGUUUUCAAACAUCCAUUUUGCUGUCUUUCUUCAUGUCGUACGGUGUAUGAGGUAAAAGACCCACAAAAAUUUUCGCUGUAACUUUCGCGGCUAUUGCUUUAAGAAAAUGCAUGACAAUGUUGAGAAAUGAAUCCUGGAUCCUAACUAGCGUGGCGCCUUUCAAACAACUAGAACCAGGAGUCAUAUGCACUAGCCGCAAGACUACCGCGUCGUAUAGGAAGAGUAGCGUAAAGGGGGUAAGUUUCUAAAGAAAAUGUGGUGCUGCGUCGUUGGGAGAGUCUAAUAAGAUAAUUUGGUAUUAUCAACCGAGCUGAUAAUAUUAACUUAACGUAAGGGCUGGAACGAUUGAAAUUUAACGGCAAUCAAAGACACCUCAAAUCCACAUUUUGUUGGUUCUGCAGAUCUAUAAGUGUUCCUUAACCUUAGGGAUAUCACAAGGGAAUACAAUAUUUAGAAUAUGAGAAUCUUUAAAAAGUGCACGUGACCGAAACUCGGUAUCUCUAUUCCUUUCAUUUGUUGCAGAUUACAAUAUUUCGCAUGGACGAGGAUGGGAUUGACAUUGACAUAGCCAUACUUAAGGCUUUACUCAAAGGUUUGUUCAGAGGGAGACCAGGUAUCUUUGGUAUAAAAAUGACAUAGGAAGGAUGGAAAUUGGAGUGAGACCUUCUUGAAGAAUCCAUUCCCUUUACUUGUCAUAUUAAAAUUUGUGAACAUGGUAAACUAACGUCACUGCGCAUUUGCAAAGGCUGGUUCGGCUUUCGGUUGGUGCUUUCAAGCUGUUUGAAACACAAGCAACACUCUUGGUAAAACUUGAAAUAUAAUGAAGUAUAGAUAAUCAUCUAAGCUUCGAAAACUCCACCCUAAUUCCUUUUAGAAAUUGCUUUGAACGUUUCGAGUUUUUUGUAAAUUCUGCCUGGUAUGGCCCUUUUACUUGUGUACUUGAAGGCUAUGUUAACGUAAUGCAUUUGCAGCUCAACAUGCGUCUGCCGCUGACCAGUUGAGUUUGGCCUUAAUAUGGAACCGGGCCGAUAUCGCCAGUACUGAGAUCUUCAAAGAAGACCAAAAAUGGAAGGUAUGUCUGUUAAUAUAUAUAGAUAACAAAGAUGUCUUAAGCACUCGUUCUUAUCGGUGUAAAACCUAUUAUUUAUGAUACCCUUAAACCUUCAGAAAACUCAAACGCUUAGUGUGACUUCAAAAGAAGGGAUAUCGAGCCGACAGCGAGUGAUUAACAAACUUCUUUCGUGCUCUCUCUGCAAUUCCGUGGGUUAGGAUACCGAUAAAUGUAAAAAAAUUGCGGUGUACAUCGCAGUAUUUGGCAGAGGGUGAUAAAGGGCAGUUUUCGAAUUUCGUCUGAUUCGCUCAUCCAGAGAGUUUGAUUUUCAUUCUUUUCUAAUUCCAUUACAAAUAAGCGAGAAAAAAAAAGAAAAGUAUAAGAUGCGAGAUACCAUUCAAUAAAGUAUUAUGUGCGAAACGAGAUUGAAAAAUUGAAUUGUUGACCAAUAGAGUCUCGAUCUAGUUCAAUGAUUCACUUAUGCCGGACUAUAAAUGACAAAACAGACCAUUUGUAUCCUGCAAACAAAUGGACUUCAGUCUAUGAAGAAGACUUUUUUUCGGCACUUAAAUAGCACUAAACAUUUUACAUUUUGUAAUGUCAUACUUAGAUAAGAGGUGGGACACCCCUCCAUAUUAUCACACCGCGUUCCCGUGCAAAAAAGAUGCGCUCUCAUCCCCCGAAUGGAGGGCAUCCUUGACGAGGUCCUGCAUCUUUAUCCUCAACAUUUUUUCUUAACUUUUCUUACACAUUGCUAGAGCGAACUUUCCAUUAUUUCUAGAUGAAAUCUUUGGAGGAUGCAAUGAUGGAUGCCUUAGUCAACAACCGUGUCGAGUUUGUCAAACUUCUCUUGGAGAAUGGCGUCAGUAUGAGCAGAUUCUUGACAACAACUCGGCUGGAGGAGUUAUACAAGGCGGUAACUAGCAAACAAAUUCAACACAGAGGGCUUUGAGAUGCGAAUUGCUGGGGAAGGGGCGGGGGGACUGGGUGCCAUUUAGCAAUUCCCUUUGCCAAGAAAACCGAUAACCUAUAAUAAAAAACAACAUGGCAUAUUAUGUAGAAUCUCCUCCUCUCCUCACCCACGACCUUUCCAACUUUUUUUUCAUCAUGCUAGUUUCAGAUCUUUCUGUCAACUGACUUCUGUGCUCAAGUCCUCUGAUGAAAAGCCUUUUCAGAAAUUUCUCUCUCUCAUCGUCACUGAUUACUAAGACCUGAACUGAGCCUAGGAUUUUGUUUUGAACGUUUUUUGUUGGCGACGCCUGCCACACUCGUGCUGGCUUAAAACCAUCCAAGUACUGAGUGCGUACUCUAUACCGCACUUUAACAGGUGCUGCAAAAAAGGAUUGUCGACAAAGCAUAUUUACGUAAAAAGGCCUGUUAUUUCUGUACAUUCUUUGCUUAAUUGUUUUCCAGAGAUGGAGGUCGUCAUCCAGUGCUGUGUUGAGACAACUGAUCGGGAAUGGAAAGGUGAGGAAAGGUUAGGAAAGGUUCUGUAAACUGCAGCAAAUGUGUUGUCUUUUCGGCCUCGACAAAUUUUUUAAAGGAAACCUUUAAUUGGAAUUUCCAUUUUAACAACAGAUUUAUGUGUUAUAAACCAAAAUAAUGUUACUUUGACGACUCUCUGCGACGCUCUUUUAAGACCAAGAUGUCAUCCAUGGGCUAUAGAUCAGAGGUUUGCUUUUGGCAUGACUUGGUAACACAGUGGUCAAACGUCUGCGCAUAUGUAAACGUUGUGACGGGCUUUCAGGGUGUCAAAACCAGGUUGUAUUAUAAACAUCCACACAAGCGAGUAAGUCGCGGUGUAAGUCGCGUGCAAAAUUUUAGUGAAGUUAAAAAAAAUGGAAAAUCAGCAAAAAACCCGUAAUUGGAUAAGCUUUGUGCUCUGGAAGUGUCGAGAGUUCCAUAUCCCUACAAAUUAACCUUUUCAGAUUUACAGUGCUUUUCUGCAUAUUUGGUUUGACAGCAGUUGAUUCUUAUGUAUCCUUAGAAAUUUUGCGCGUGUAAUUGCGCAUGCCUUACGUCUGACCACUGUGUUUUAUUUGGUAUACAAGUUCUAUUCAGCAGUUCUUUGAAAUAGGCAAAACAUGACUGGGAUCAAAGACUAAAAAUUUGACAGAAUAAACAGUUUUUUUGUAAAGUUAAACUUUUCGUUUUAACCUAUACUCCUUAGAUCGACACUGAUCAUUUUGACUUGUCCGAUGUUGACAAUGUUAUUCGGCGACUAUUAGGAAUAGCUUACAAAGGACACAGAGAGAAGAACGCUAUAACAAAGGUAUUUGUCCACUUCGAUUCUAUGAGCCAUGUUCUUUCUGAAAGCGAUACACUUUCAUGCUAAAAGUAAUUGGGUAAAAUGUAGUUAUGGAAUACUAAAACUUUUACUCACAUAUUUAAAAGGAAGUAACGAGAGAUUAGGGGUGGUUUCUCGAUCGAAAGUAAUCUGGGAUCGCUCUGCUUUUGGUUUAUUACGGUUUUUGAUGGAUCUUACCAGGAAACUAACGUUAGCCUCUGCACCAUUCGGAAUCAAAGGUAAAGCCGAUCGUCACUUGGUCACCCGCGUAUACCCGUGUUUCGGGCUGUAUGCGUUUUUUCACGUUGAGUCGUCCUGGUGAUAUUUUCUUUCGCUCUGAUUGGCCACCGUGAUAACUUGGAUUGACUUUGCAAUACUCAGUGAAAGCCCAACCCUGCAAGUAUUCGUUCUACGAAAAUAUUUACCAGUGAUUAUUGCUCUGAAUCAUGCAAUAGAGGUAUUUUGAAACUUAGGGAGAGAAUGUUCGUAGUCUGGUGUUUUAUUGUGGGAAUGUGAAAAAUGUAUCAUUCUCUUUGGAAAGGAAACAAAAGCGGUUAUAUAUUAGUGUUAAAGGGGAAAGGAUUUUCAUCAUGGGACAGAGCGUGUUCGAAAACUACUUAUUAAGCACCUACCCUUCCUCGGGUAUUUUCCUUCGAAGUCUCGCUUGUUUGUUCUUACUUCGUGUGUUUCAACUUCAAACGCUUUAUUGCCUUCAAAGGGUCUUGACAUUUCUAACCAGAUGAUGUUUGUCAGGGGACACACAGACAACAUAGCUCACGUGAAUUAUCCUUAUAAAGAGCUGCUGUUGUGGUCUGUGCUAUGCAAUAUGCGAAAAAUGGCGCUCUUCAUGUGGGAGUGUGGUGAUGAGCAUCUGGCGCGGGCGCUGGUGGCGGGAAAAAUGUUCAACGGCAUGGCCAAGGUUACUGAACGUGAUGACGCAUACGCUGACAUCACUGAUGCACUUAAUGCGCAUGUGGAGUAAGUCUGUCCGCUGAUUGGUUUGUAAUGAUACUAUAGUGUAAUUUACAAUGUUUCCACGAGCGCGCGUUGGAUAUGAGACGAUGAAUGGCCAACGAAGCCCGUAGUGCCGACUUGGCCACAAUAUCCAACAAGCGCCAAUUAAAAACGCCCCAAAAUAUGGAUCAAUCUUCCCAACUUUAUUUUUUAAGAACAAACGUAAUGUUACAAUGCACAAAAAACAUUUCCUUUUUAACUCGUCUUCAUGCGUGCGCAUGUUAUAAUGGCUCAUACCCCAUGAUUCCUAAGCCAACAAAAUAUUGAAUUAAAUUAUCCAAUGAUCCUUUUUUAUUAAAUAAUGUAGAGUAUCGUGCCUCAUACUGGAAAUUUUAUUUUCAGAGGAACGGACAGGCGUGGCUGUACUACUCCUUUUUGGGAGGGGUACAGUCUCUAUCCAUAAGGACUGUUAAGAAAAAUGUUGCUCUCCCAUGUAAAUUAAUGUCAAAGAGUUUAUUCCUAUCAAUUUAUGCUUUCAGAGAAUUCAAACGACUGGCACUGGGUUUGUUAGAUAAAUGUUUUCAAGAAAAUGAAGAGCUUACCCAACAGCUCCUGACAUAUCACCUAGAGAACUGGGGUGGACAAACAUGUCUUUCACUCGCUGUCGCCAUCGAACACGAAGAAUUUCUAGCACAUAGUAGUUGCCAGGCUCUUCUCACUGAUAUAUGGACAGGAGCCAUGAAGAAUACGCACAGGUCUUCUAUCAAGGUAAGGAACUUUGGCUAUGCCCGUGAAAGUUAUCUAUAAAAACAGCGCAUUGCAGGUUGGUACGAUGUCCUCAUCUCUGUUCUGUUGUGCCGUCAGACAAUGCUUGGAAUCCUCAUACCUCCGACGAUAUUUUUGCUGGAAUUCAAAACAAAAAAGGAGCUAUCGUCCAUGCCGGUUACACUGGAAGAACAUGAACAGGAGUUAGCUGAGGAGGGCGAAUGCGAUGAGGUUCAAGACGAUGAAGAAAACCUAAGCUACAGAAGAAGCCGAGCAAUAACGGACGAUGGGAGGGCACUAGAAAUGAGGUAAUGCCAGCUAAGUACCUCUUUUCUUCUGAGUUUGAAACUCCACACCGGCCGUUUUCGACUUUUAUUCCUGAUCGUAGCAUUUAAAGUUAAAGGACGCGCUGCAGACAUAUCUUAACCCACUCAUGGCCAGGGAGCAUGCGCUGGGCCCAGGUUCUUAUGACAGUUGCUAUUUAUCACAUAUUUUUCUUUUACUGUUUCCUAAUGGCUUCAUUGUUGCUCUGCGUGAUAUUUUUUCCGCGAUCAGUCUUUCGUAAAUUUCACCUUUGUGUCUUAAAGCCUGAAAAACGGUUUUUUGUUCGAAGAGUAAGAUUGGAUCGUUGUGAUAGUCGCCGCAGACGCCUACUGAAGACCAAAAUGCAGAUUGAAGCACAAUCUUAUAAUGACUUGAUUUCGUAAAAAGUAAUGAACGCCUAUAUCAAAAAAUAGGUGUUUUUGUUUCACUGUUGCGAUGAAUAAUGGAUAAACCGUUUUUUUCCUUAAACUCCUAGUGUGCUCUCUUCGAAGUCACGUGAGUUGCUCUGGGUAUCCACGUACCAUGAGUGUAGACAAGAGACUCGUUUGGUGAAACUGCAAUGGGCGAGGAAGAUCUUAGAGUUCUACAAAGCACCUGUUACUAAGUUUUGGUCUAACGCGGUAAGCUGCAUCGUGGAGUGGUGAUGGGUAUAAGUAAAAAUUAGGAAACAGAAGGGACAAGCAUGCAUUUCGAGAGGUUUCGCUCCUUCGCAAGUUCGCCCGCUACCAGUUCGCCUCCACCUCGACGAGUUUGCCUACUCAAAUAGAAUCAGUCAGUUGGCACGUAGAUCGAUUUUAACGAUUCUUUUCAGAAAAAUGACUUUGUCGCUAAGAAACAAAAUUAUAUAUAUAUAUAUAUGUAUGUAUGUAUGUAUGUAUGUAUUUUUUAGUAUGUAUGUAUGUAUGUAUGUAUGUAUGUAUGUAUGUAUGUAUGUAUGUAUGUAUGUAUGUAUAUGUAUGUAUGUAUGUAUGUAUGUAUGUAUGUAUAUGUAUGUAUGUAUGUAUAUGUAUGUAUGUAUGUAUAUUUUUUGGGCGGUUGAAGGGGGCACAAAGUCAGGGAACUGUUAAAGAAGGAGGCAAAAUUGUUAGUUGAUGGAGGGUAUAGGUCUUUUUCGCAAUCGUUGCAUGCUAAGUUGUUCGCCAUCAUGAAACUAACACUAAGGCCUGGAUUGGGAGCUUCCCCCUCUGAUCCCUUGCCUUUCUUUAAUGGAAACAAUGACACAGUUAGAACUAUGUUUAUAUUUAAAAUUGAGGCAGUUCUACUCGGCAGUGAUCUUGAUUAUUGCGAAAACGUAAUUCACUCACUGACCGAAGAGUGACACAGAUGAUUGAUUUAUUGAACGACAACGCUACGUUAGCAGUUUGCAAACUUAUGCUCCAUUUUAGUCAUGGCUAAGGGCCCUUUGACGUAUACUUGCCAGUAGUCCGAUUUUUCUGACAGUGAGUUUCGUUCUCUGUACUUUCUUUUCUUUUUUUGCAGUUCGCUUAUAUGGCGUUCUUGAUGCUGUUUAGUUUUGUUAUCCUCGUAAAAGCUGACAAAAUUCCUUCCAUCAGUGAAAUGGUGCUUAUCAUUUUUGUUUGUACACUGUGUACGGAAGAAAUCAGACAGGUAAUUCAAAAACAAGUUGAUAAACAAAGAUCUAAAUAUACUGAUGACCUGAAGUUGAUUCUAUAGAAUUGUACGUUUUCUCAGUUCUGAUCCUUUACGUGGUUAGACAGCAAAUUAACUACCUUGAAUGUAAUUAUCGUGAAAGGUUUGAUUUUCUUGUAUAAAAUGCCCAUAUAUCUUUAUUGAUGUGAAUAAUAAGUGAAACUAAGGUACAAGAUGCAAUCGAUAACAACAAUAGAAUAUAAACAGUUUAUAUGCUCAUGGUGACAACAAACGGUGAAUUCCAGACUGCGAUAAAUGUGCCUCUUCUUCCAUUAACACUGCACCAUUUUUAAACAAACGGCUGAGAGGAAAAGGCAAACUUGGAUGGUGUUAUCUUGAUAUAACACUUAAUUCUCUUAAUUUUAUAGCAACUACAUGGGGAAAUAACUAAUCUGAUCUUUGGAGAUAAAGGGUAUAUAUGUUGAGUAUUUCAUGGUGCUUAAUGAAGAAAAUGGAAACAUCUGAGAAACUUUUUAAGCCUAUACUUUCUUCAUUUUUGUCAGAUACUUCAUUCUGAGCCACCAACAUUUGGAAGCAAAUUAAAAGACUGGGCGUCCAGUAAAUGGAACCUCCUUGAUGGUUUUGCAGUCGUUUCGUUUUUCAUUGGACUUGGGCUCAGGCUUCACCCAACCACACGCAGUGCUGGUCACGUGGUAUACAGCCUCGAUGUGAUGCUAUGGAUUAUUCGCCUAUUGGACAUAUUUUCUGUCAGCAAACACCUCGGACCAUAUGUGGUCAUGAUUGGGAGAAUGGUAAUACCAAAAUAUUAUUCAUAGGUCUUUGUUCAACUUUCCCAUUCAUUUUGGACGAGAAGGGGAUAGCAAUAUAAAUUCUCCAAGAGAGAAGAAUUCGCUUUACCCUGAGCGCAAUAAAAGCCUUGCAUUAAUCAUUCAUCAUAUUUAUCCUUCCUAUUUAUAGACCGUGGAUAUGCUGUACUUCCUCUUGAUCAUGGUGAUAUUCCUCCUGGCUUAUGGAGUCGCCCAACAAGCCAUCUUGUACCCAAACGAGACAGCUUCCUGGUCCAUGGUGUCUAGAGUGUUCUUCAGACCUUACUUCCAGGUUUAUGGGGAGUUGUUUUUUGUGGAUGCACCAGAUACGAGUAAGAAGAUCUGUCUUUAAAAAGAACGAUAAUAACCGAGUAGUGUAGAGCCGUCAGUUAUCCGCACCAUACUAAUUGGUCAGGACGCUUGAUCUUAAUUGCAACAUUUAAAACCUCCUUCUAUUGUCAAUGGUUAAUUCAUAAUGAAAUGUAUUUCUUCAAACGAUCGAGUUUUUCUCAAGAAAAAAAUCUCAAAUUGAUCUCCCUGAGGAGAUUUCCCUACUUAUUCGCAUCUGUAAUAAAAAUUUUUGUCUUUUUGGUUAACACUCGCCGCUCAAAAAGCUAAAAUAUUUAUAACAAAAAGUAACAGCAUCCUAGUGUGGCAAGCAAUUGAUGUAUCAAAUAUUGCAAGAGUUAGACAAGUGUCAAGUUCAUUUAAUGAGGAAGAUAGAUCGCGGAAACAAGAUUUUUGAGAAAGGAUGUUAAAGAUGAGAGUCACAGUCAUCAUUAAGCUAAUUAUUACUCUAUUUAAAAUUUCGUUCUAGUAAGCCCGACAGAGACUGUAUUUGGCACUCCAAGAAAAGAUGAACAUGGCGACACGAUCGUGGUAUUUAUCAUGGCGUUUUAUCUUCUGGUUGCCAAUAUUCUCCUUCUGAAUCUUCUCAUCGCCAUUUUCAAGUACGUGUUGUGGAAUCGUUUUCGUAGACAUUAAUUGUAAACUAAAUAUGUUUAUUUUGCCGCCUAGGGCUAAGACACGUACCAUAUUGGUAUUACAUCUUUAUGGGAAGGAAAUUGUCUUAAAAAAUUGUUUCAUAUAUAAGUUUCUUUCCUGUUCUCGACAGCAACACGUUCUCUAGCGUACAGGCAAACGCAAAUCAGAUUUGGAAGUUUCAGCGGUAUUACUUGGUCAUGGAGUAUUCGCAGAGACCAGUGUUAGUUCCACCUUUCAUCAUCUUUAAUCACGUGAUCCAUGCUCUAAGGGGCUUAUACCACUGGCUGAAAAACUGUCUGGGACGAGGCAAGAGAAACCAGGAAGAGUCUAGUUACGGACUAAGUAUGGCUUCUCUUUGUGAAUGAAAUAAUAUUUUAAUAAACAAAACAGAGAAAAGUUUAAGUACCCCUGUGACGAUUCGAAGCUCAGCCUGUUCUGAUUUCUCACAGCUGAGCUACAGGGAUAUGCUAGGCCGUGUAUUCCAUAAUGUCCUUUAUACUGAAGGGUUAGAAAAAGUCGAAAAGUAUCCUGUGCGAAGAAUGAGAAAGAUGUUUCUCAUCCUCCUGUUUUGAUCUACCAACAGACCUUCAUUUUUAUUCUGGUUUUGUUUCAAUAAAUAUUUUCCUAUGCUAUAACAUUUUUGCUAAAAUGUUUUUUGUCCAGCCUAACAGAGUUUUUGUUCUCUGUGGCAGAGCUUUUCCUAGAAACCAACGAUCUUCAGAAGUUGAUGAUGUUUGAAGAACGAUGUGUGGAUAGCUACCUUAGAGAGAAAGAUACUUUGCUCCACGCCACUCAGGAAGAGCAAAUGAGGGUUAUGGGCGACAGGUACAUUUUAUUACUAGGACUGAUAAAUAAAAGUAAGUUUCUGAUUGUAAGCUUCUUUACUGCAAAUAGUAGGACAGACGGAUGAAGGGACGGACCGAUUGACUGACUGACUGACUGACGGCCAGACUGACUAGCUGUCAUCGGCUGACUGGCUGCUACUUGGCCGACUGUCGUACUGGCGGACUGGUUGAUUGACUGAUAGACUCUCUGAUGACCGGCUGACUGAGUGACAGACUAGUUUGAUGACUGACUAACUGAAUGAUUGAAUGGCUGGUUAACUCGCUGAAUGACUGACUCACUGAUUACCAGACUGACUAAGUUACUGACUGACGAAUUGAUUCGCAUUCCUGCCGGCUGGAUGGCUUACUGACUGGCUGACUGACUGACAGACUGAUCGCUGGUUGACAAACACACUGUCUGACUGAGUUACUGACUGACUGAUUGACGAAUUGACUCGCUGUCAUCAUGGUUGGAUGACUAACUGACCGGCUGACUGACGGACGGACGGACGGACUGACGGACUGACGACUGACGGACUGACGGACUGACGGACUGACGGACUGACGGACUGACGGACUGACGGACUGACGGACUGACGAACCGACAGAAUGACUGACUGGUUGACUGGUCGACCGACUGAAUGACUGGUUAACUGACUGACUGUUUGACUCGCUGAAUGGCUGAGUGACUGUCUCACUGCCCGCUUGUUUGACUAAGUUACUGCCUGACUGAUUUACAACCUGACUCGUUGUCCUUCUAGUUGGCUGACUGACUGACAGACUGGCUAACUGACCGAUUGACUGACUAACUGGCCGACAGACUGACUGAAUGACUGACUAGUUGAUUGGUUGACUGACUGGUCGACAUGACUGACGGACUGAUUGCUUGACUGAACGAAUGACGGACUGACUGACUAACUUGACUGGUGGGUUAAUUUAUUGAUUGACUGUCCAAUCCGAGACUGCAACCAUACUAGCUGUCCGAUUUAGCCGUAGUGUAAGCUACAGACAAUACAAUGUGCCAUGAAACACAUUUCCCAUACAAGGAUCUGUCAUCAAAUUUCAGAAUGGAGGCUAUUUCGAGUCAACUUCAAGAUAUGUACAAAGAUUCCAUUUGUCAGUUUCACAGCGGGAAAAAGUCUGCCGACUCCCUAAGUAAACGCCUUAACAAACUGGAAAAAGGGAUGAACAGAAUUUUAGAGAUACUGGCACCAGAACCAGGGGCAUUGACAAACGACGAGAAUAAUCGUAAUGCGCGGUCCGAGCGAACUGUAUCGUUGUCAGCAGUCGAAAUUGCAGGUAAAAUGUAUUCUGGUCACAUGGACAAUUUGUCGUACAUAAACAACCUAGUUCCCGAGGCCCCUCUCCUUCCCUAUUUGAAGAGAAUAUAUUGAAGUUAGAUAGAUGAAGAGGCUCGUAGGGUGACUUUACUUUAUACCGUACAUUGACCCCAUGGGAUUCAUUACAGGUGUAGGUGGACACAAGCCUCUUUCACAAAGGUUCUCUUAUGACGGACCACGCACGAAUGGCAAGAUUGAGCCGUCCUCCCCUCUGAUGAAAGGUAGGUUUCUCUCGGUUAUUGUAACUUCCCGAUUGUGUUGGAAAUUUUGUUAGAAUGUUGGUGGGUUCUCAAUCAGACAGCCCUACAUAUGUACCUACUCUUAACGCUUAGCCUUUAACAGCUAUACGCGUUGGAUACAUGCAGCGAAAAUCCGUUAUGAGUUCGCAUGCUCCCCAUAAAAGGCAUGUCCAAAGGAAUAAAAGUCUAGAAGUUGCGAUGUAUUUGCUCCUCGUGAUCCAUUAUAAUUGGUAUUUACGAACUCAGUGACUUGUUUAAGGACUUGUGGUAUUCAUACAUGAAAUUGUUUUGAACUCUACAAUCCCCUGCUUUUUCGCCUUAUUAUUACCUGUCAACACAAUGAGAACUGUCACUUCUACUCAAACUUAGACUGCUCAUCUGAAAUUCGAUUCAAACAGAGGGAUUUAAAUUUACUCGACGACGUCUCUCAACUGCUGCCGCACGUGCAAAGAAAGCUCUUAAACAUGAAGCACACGAGAAAGUGACGCACGUGCAUUCGAGACAUUCGCCAUAUCCAAAGAGUAACCAACAGCGAUAUCCUGUGCCGGACUUUCUCGUCGACUGGCAGGUAUGUAAUUGGCUAUGUGAUAAUUAAGGUAAUCAGUUCCUUAACAAGGAUAAACCGUGCCUGUACUUGCAAGACAUUGUAAGGGUUUUUCUCAGAGUUGUGCGAUAAAUGUUUGGUACCUGAGCAAUCGGAAAUAUUGUUACUGUAUGGUAGUAAAGUUUAUUUCAGAGUAGGUGUCAGACUGAAAAAUAAUUUUCAGUGGGAAAAACCGUUAAAAAAGAAAAACCUAUGUGAUUUGUUCUCACCAAGGAUCGAUCUAAUAAUGCGAAGCAAAAAAAGCUAUAGUUCAAACAAGAGUUUUGUGAGAAGACGAGCGCGGAAAUUGGUGCCAUUUUUGAUAAUUAACGCUGUUAAAAAUGGACCUUUAAGCACUGAAGCGAUUUUCCCACGGAAGAAAUCUUUUUGAAAUAUUUCGAAUAAAAUGAGGUCGUUUCAAUUACGUUUACACGUAGACAGAUUCAUGAUUAAGCUUGAAAGAAAUCGAUUUUAUGAACCGAAUUGAACUGGACCGCUUUUGGAGAGACCGUGUCUUCACUGUGCAAAAUUAAAAGCUACUGAAGAAGAGAGAGAUUAGGCUAAAUGAUGUGGGAUAUAACAAGAGGACUUUGGUAGUGUAAUACAGCGCUGCAUAAAAACUAUCAGAUUGCCAGAAAUUCAUUUUCCUUGGGUUUGUAAAUCACAGUUUGUGGUUCUGUUUGCUGAGUGUCCAAAUACAACUUUGGGUUUCUUGAAGAAGAAAGAGGGCGUAGGAAAGAAGAAGAUAACAAUAAUGAAAGUAAAAUUAAAAUGCAACUUCUUUUUUUUUUUUUUUUUUGCUUGUAGGAGUCGUUCCCAGGCUACAAUCCGCCGUUAUAUACCGCACAGGAAGUGGAAGCCAUGCCAGCCUGGGCCGAUCCCGACAUACUAGAGUGAGUAAAAAAAUCUAGCAGGGGUCACAAGAAAAUACAAGAAAUUUACCCAGAAUUCACGACUCCUCUCUCGUAACUCUUUCUAGCAAGCUUGCGCGGACAAAAAACCAACCAAUGAGGUCUAGCAUUUUUGAAUUUUCCAUCUCAAGCUGCUUCACUCUUAAAUGCCCUCAGAGCAACAAAGAAAUAACCACGUGCGAUUUACGCUGCGAUCUGUCUAAUCAAUCUAGUUGCUUUUGCGCUCGUUUUCAUUUUUCUUUACCUAUUGUGGAUAAUGCUUAAUUAUUUGUUUGUAUUUUUAGCCCAAAUGACGCGACUACAGCUAUCUUGUUUAACUUUGAGGACCAAGGAAUCAACAGAAGAAGUCACACAGGACUGAUUGACGUGGUCAAUCGAUUGCCAAGGUGUCUUUCUUAGGCACUUUUGUUUGUUUUUUUGUUUGUUUUUAUGUUUAGAAUUAAAACGAAUCCGAUGAUUGCAGACCAUCAAAUGGUGUAGUUUGCGUGCAGACUCUCGUGAUCAGCGAUUCAGCACGAGCGUUUCUUCGCUACGGGAAAGAAUGAGGCCUGCAAGGGCUGAGAGAUCUUCAAGGGGUCUGGCACCGAGCCAGAUCCACGGAAAACCUUUUCCCGACUCGCCUCGGAGAAACGCGCGCCUUGCAGCUCUAGUAAUGAGGUCCUGCCCGCAAACUACAGAUAAGGACAAUAGCUCUUCUUUCUUUUCGCAUACACCUUACAGACUGGUUUCAUAAAUGAUGAAUAUUCAGUGUUAGUUUUCUUUACUUUUAAGCUAUAUUUUGUUGAAUAGAAAUCCGAUGGGGAGGACAGGCAUCGCAGGACGUGGCUUGUUUGGUCGCUGGGGACCUAACCAUGCAGUUCAUGUUGUUGUUACAAGGUGGGCCGUAUUAAAUCUCUGCCAUUCUGCACCAACUUUUUCCGCUUAUUUCGCCUUGUUGCCCGUCGUUCUGCCCGCGCUAUUGACGGAGUAAAUUACUGACGGAACGAUUUCUGUUUGAAACAAUCAUUGCCAUUUCCAAAGUACAGGUAAAUUUCCAAGUGCUGCACUAAGAUCAGAUUAAAUUCUAAGUUUCGUUAUUCCUCUACCUACUCCCAUUUUCAGAUGGAAGAUCGGUGAAGAUGGUCAAGUCCUACGAAAACAAGAGAAAAAUGUUCUGGAAUUCGUGGCAAAUAAAAACCUAGACAGCUUGGAAUGGGAAUUACCCGGGGUAUGAUUUUCUUAAACUUACGAUAACACGUACGCGCAAUGUAUAUUUUGGAGUCAAAAGUAUUCCGCCAUUGCAUUCAUACUUAAUUUCUACAUAUUCCUAUUGGUCACCAAAACCAAGCCUCUUUCUCAACCAAUCAAAUGAAAAAUUAAAACCAAUAGCGAUCUGGUCAACAGGGUUUUCCCGCGCUUUACAUGCUGUCUACAUUUGUUUACUUCGUCUACUCAUUGGCCCCCUGUUAUGGUAUUUCUCGAAUAGUGGGCAGCUUUUCUUUCUCUUUCUUCGCCUCUCUCCAGCUUUUUUUCAAUUCCUACAUCAUUUUAAUCGUAUUGGAUUGCCUAACAUUUUCAGGAACUGUUGGAAGCUGGCGACUCAGCGUUGCGCACUUUGAAAAAGAUUUUUACCAACAAAAUUCUUGCGAGUGUCAAGUCUGAUAUCAAAGAGGGAAAGGAAAACUUGGACAAAUGUAUAGAUACGAUAGUUCAAAAUGCUGCCGAGGUAUGCUUCAUUAUGCGACGGUCUUUAAGGGGUAUUAACUUUAGCUUCCUUAAUAUAAUGUAUCAUCAAAUUUGCAAUAGAAAAACAAAGGUUGCUGCUAGUUUUCAAUAAUUGAUCUCAAGUCGUUUUCUCACAGUUGACAAAGUACCCUGACACUUUUCAAGUUCUGGAAAUGUGUUGACAUCAAGACGGGGCAAAUAAAUGUGUCAAACAUUUUAAUGAGGAUGACGAAAACCAACUGUGUUUAAUCCUUUAACUCCUAAGAGUGACUGGCUUCUAAUUUCUCCUUACAGUAUCACCCUUAAAUCAAAUAUAUAUAGGUCAUGAGAAUAAAGGAAAUGAUCACAAAUUCAAGAAACGUCUGAUUGUCUAUCAAAUUCUCCCCAUCAGUACCAUAAGAAAUGUAACAAGAACAGUGUGGAGAAUAACAAUAUCAAUGUAAGGGUGUGAAACGUUAAUCUAAAAAGAACGUGAAACAUGAAUGCAGCACACCUCAGCAAGAGGGCAUCAUGUGCUGUCUUGACUUCAAUUUAAGUGUUAUUGGCUUUUGCAAUGAAAAAAGAUACCAGUAUUGAUAUAAAACCCAUAAUCCAUUGGAGUGAUUGCCUUGUGCUUCUGUCCCCAUUUCAUUCCUUGCCAGGGUAUGGAAAGACAAUUUAACGAUUGAACUAUCAAUUGAAGAGCUUGAUUAUCGAAGAUCUUGCGAAAUACGUUUUUCUUUGGGUGCCUUGACUCGCCUCAUCUGGCGCACAAAAAUAAAUGGGUCGGCUUUGAUGUGACUAAUAUUACCACCCUUAACUUCAGUUUUCUAACAGCACAUGGAAUAUCUUUUGUCAUAUCACUUAUUAUCACUUUGGUCAACCCGUGAAAUUGUAGGUCUACAGAGGAUACGUCGAUGACGUCAAAAAUACAGAUAACGCUUGGUUGGAAACAACGGCAAUGCAUUUCCAUGACAACAAGAGGGAAAUGCUGGGUGACAUCGAAUUUGAGGUAUAUGCAAAUGAUACAAGACUGAUCGAACAGGCCCUUCAGUCUUUUUCGAAUAGGUUUCAUUCUACCGCUUGGCCUUAAAGUAAGGAAGAGACGACUUAUCGAUUCUUACAAUUUAUUACUUAAAAGAGAGAGUCAAAGAUUCACGAUAACAACUCUAAUUUUGUUUUUGUAAUAUUUGCACUCAUCUUUUAGGUUGAAUCCAGUAUAUGCUGGCAAGAGGUCAGCAGUCACACUAACAUUCACGACAGUCAUGUGCAUGUUUUGAGCAGAGUGGCCGCGUUGGGAAUGGCAAAUUUUUAAACAUUGGAACUGGUUGUCUGGUUGAGGAUUGCAAAGGAUGAUAUAUUUUAUUAGGAAAGUGUAGCCGUAGAUUGUAGGGAACCAUCCAUGGCCAUCGAACUAUGGCUAGCUUUGGCCAUUUUUUCAGUGCAGAGAGAAAAUGGAGACCAUUUGAUGAUUGUAAACGAAGAUAAAUACCAAACAGAAGAGUUCGAGUGACCUGUAUAGAAAACUAAGUUAUACUACUCCACGAUAGGAUCUUAAUUUUUCUGUUACUAUUCUUUAUCUCAUCGCCAGUGACAAUGACAAAGUAGAAGAAUUUAUUAGUCUCAUUGAAAAAAUAAAAAGAGUUUAGCUUGAGAUUCUAACCUCAAAGCAUACUCGGCCUAC